AUGAGGAGGGAGAACCAGAGCAGCGUGUCCGAGUUCCUCCUCCUGGGGCUCCGAAUCUGGCCAGAGCAGCAGGGAGUGUUCUUUGCCCUAUUCCUGGGCAUGUACCUGACCACGGUGCUGGGGAACCUGCUCAUCAUUCUGCUCAUCAGGCUGGACCCUCGCCUCCACACCCCCAUGUACUUCUUCCUCAGCCACUUGGCCUUCACAGAUGUCUCUUUCUCAUCUGUCACUGUCCCCAAAAUGUUGAUGGACAUGCAUGCUAAGUACAAAUCCAUUCCCUAUGCAGGGUGCAUUUCACAAAUGUAUUUUUUUAUAUUUUUUACUGACCUGGACAGCUUCCUUAUUACAUCAAUGGCGUAUGACCGCUAUGUGGCUAUAUGUCACCCUCUUCAUUAUACCACCAUCAUGAAGGAAGAGCUAUGUGCCUUACUAGUGGCUAUAUCUUGGAUCCUGUCUUGUGUCAGCUCCCUUUCCCAUACCCUUCUCCUCACCCAAUUAUCCUUCUGUGCAGCUAACACCAUCUCCCAUUUUUUCUGUGACCUUGGUGCUCUGCUCAAACUGUCCUGCUCAGAUAUCUUCCUCAAUGAGUUGGUCAUGUUCACAGUAGGGGUGGUGGUCAUUACCCUGCCAUUCACAUGUAUUCUGGUAUCUUAUGGCUACAUUGGGGCCACCAUCUUGAAAGUUCCUUCCACCAAAGGAAUCUGCAAAGCAUUAUCCACAUGUGGCUCCCACCUGUCUGUAGUGUCUCUGUAUUAUGGGGCAAUAUUUGGGCAAUAUCUUUUCCCCAAAUUAAGCAAUUUAGUUAACAAGGAUAUCAUUGUGGCUCUCAUGUACACUGUGGUCACACCCAUGUUGAACCCUUUUAUCUACAGCCUUAGGAACAGGGACAUGAAAGAGGCCCUGGGGAAACUCCUCAGUGGAGCAACUUUUUCCUCACGGUGA